UUUUCAGGAGAAAAUAUAAAUAUGGAGCAAAUCCUUUGGUGGCAGUGGCAGAGCAUCCCAACGGGUCUGUACGCAAGAAAACAAUUCAUUGUUAAAUUUUUCAAGAUUAAUCACCAAUUACGAUCAUACUGUUAGCAGAUUCAGCAGCAAAAUUUGCCUUCAUCGGAUCGCAGAAUCCACGGCAAUUCAUCUGUUGCGUUGGCCCAGAUAGGGAAGGAAGAAAAAGAGGAAUACGUUGUUGAGGAUCGCCAUGUUCGGGUUGAUGAUUCAAAGCUGGAGGGUUCCUAUGUUCAAAUUGCACCAGUGAAAUUAAAGGUGUUGAGAGGAGAAUGGAAAAUGCAAGCCGGUGUGAUUCCAAGGUGGGGAAUUCGAAGUGGACUUGGGAGGAGAACAAGCAAUUUGAGGAUGGUCUGGUGGAAUUCCCCGAGGAUUGUCCGAAUCGGUGGGAGAGGAUCGCGGCGAGGCUUCAGACGAAAUCAGCGCCGGAAGUUGAAAGGCACUUCGCCGUAUUGUUGGAUGAUGUGGCGGCGAUCGAGGCUGGGUUGAUUGAGUUGCCGGAGUAUGUGGAGAAGGUCGGGUUCGGGUCAUCGGAACCCCAGCAAAACCCUAAAUCGGAGAAGAAACCGAUUGUCGCGCAGAGAAAGGCAGCCAGACCGUGGACCGCAGAUGAGCACAGGUUAUUUCUACUUGGAUUGGAAAAAUACGGAAAAGGGGACUGGAAGAGCAUUUCCAGAUACAUGGUCCUGACUAGAAGUCCUGCCCAGGUUGCCAGCCAUGCUCAAAAGUACUAUGAGCGUCAAGAAAAGGAGGAGCAGAACAAGAAAAGACGAAGCAUUUUUGAUAACUCGGCUGCUGAAGGUAGUUCUCUGACUUCUAAGUUCUGUUGUUGAUUCUUAUUUGAAGAAAGGAAUUGAGCUUAUUGGAAGAUGAGUUUUUAGGGUGUGGGGAAAGUAAAUAGGUAUCUUUUUUAUGGCA